GUAAUACUGAUCGAGUUGGAAAGGGUUUUGUUUCAACGAGUCCCCAAUCACCUUUCUGCAGUAUCCAUCUUCUCUUGCAGUUACACAUUGUUUAACCUUGAAUGUUGGUACACAUCGUUUUUUUGGAUAUAAAGAUGGUAAUAACCCCGUGAAAAAUUCAAAGGUUGGAGGAGUGUACCAUGAGAUCAACAGAAUGAGAAGCACAGAAGGUGGUGAUGGUGAAGGAAAAAGAAACUGUGGUUGUUGUGGCAGAUUCAUUCAAGGCCUUCAUCAACACUUACAUCAAUUCCUUAAGGCACUUUUCCCUACCCUUUCUCUCUCUGAGGUGAAAGAAGAGUUGAAAUCACUAGCCAACAUUGCAUGUCCAAUGAUGAUGACCAACGUGCUUCUGUACUCUCGAUCCGCCAUUUCCAUGCUUUUCUUGGGUCGCCAAGGGAAAGUGGAGCUAGCAGGAGGAUCACUUGCAAUAGGGUUUGCCAACAUCACUGCCAAUUCAUUCCUCAAGGGUCUCACCAUGGGAAUGGACCCAAUUUGUUGCCAAGCAUAUGGUGCAAAAAGAUGGUCAGUUCUAAGCCAAACUUUUUGCAAAACCUUGUGCCUCCUCCUCCUUGUUGCCAUCCCCAUUUCACUCCUUUGGCUCAACAUGGCACCCCUCCUUCAUUGGCUUGGGCAGGACCCUGAAGUCACAAAAGUUGCACAAGUUUACAUGGUCUUCUCUAUCCCAGAAUUGCUUGCUCAAGUUCAUCUCAACCCUUUAAGGUCUUUUUUAAGAACACAAGGGUUAACAACACCAUUAACUAUUGCUGCUUCUUUUGCUGCCAUCUUACACCUUCCAAUAAACUACUUCUUGGCUACAUAUUUGGAGUUAGGAGUAAAAGGCAUUGCAUUAGCCACAGGUUUGAAUUCCAUAAACAUGAUACUAGGGUUGGUGCUUUAUCUUCUUGUGUCAAAGAAACCCUUAAAACCUUGGGAAGGUGCUACUAUUCUCUCUUCCUUCCAUGAUUGGAGACCAUUGCUAACUCUAGCAUUGCCUAGUUGCAUCUCAGUGUGCUUGGAGUGGUGGUGCUAUGAGAUAAUGCUCUUCCUAUGUGGCCUAUUGAGUAAUCCACAAACCACAGUUGCUACCAUGGGUGUACUAAUUCAAACAACUGGGUUCUUAUAUGUGUUCCCAUUUUCACUGAGUGCUGCAUUGACAACACAAAUUGGCCACUCCUUAGGUGCAGGUCAACCUUCACGUGCACAAAUCACAGCCACAAUUGGACUCUUCAUUGCAUUUGCAUUAGGGUUCUCAGCCUUUGUUUUCUUGCUGAUUGUGAGGAACGUGUGGGGGAAACUCUUCACAAACGAGACACAAAUUGUUGACAUGGUCACAACCAUACUUCCAAUUUUAGGGUUGUGUGAGAUUGGAAACUGGCCUCAAACUGCUGCGUGUGGGAUCUUGUCUGGGACUGCACGGCCUUAUGUGGGUGCAAGGAUAAACUUGUGUGCUUUUUACUUGAUUGGAUUGCCGGUUGCAGUUUUUGCUGCUUUCAUGCACAGGUACCAAUUGAGGGGCUUGUGGUUUGGAAUGUUGGCAGCGCAAAUUUCAUGUUUUUGUAUGAUGGUUUACACGUUGGUUCAAACGGAUUGGGGGCACCAAAGUAGAAGAGCUGAGCAAUUGGCUCAAGCAACUGAUGAGGAAAUUAGUGGGUUCCUUGAUUCUGAUAUGUGAGAUGUUUAAAUCAAUUUUGUGCAGUGAUAGUCACUAGUCACUAGAACUACACGACCAGUUACAAGGCAUUAAUUCUAGUUAUUGAGAUUUCUCAUCAUUGCUCAUUAAUUAGUCAUUCAUUAUGGUAGGAAGUAAGAACAUAUUUUCUUCGUAAUAUUCAAUUAGAUGUACAUAAGAAAAGCUUUGUUAGUGAACUCAUUCACGCAUGAUGAAUUUUUUAAAUAACAAUACAUCAUAAUUAGGUGGGUACAAAUACCUGAGCUCAUGAUCCACACUCGAUUUUAUGGAAUU